AUGAACCUCAUGAAGAGAAGACUACAGAAGAGAAGACUACAGAAGAGAAGACUACAGAAUAACCACAUCCACACCCUCAGUCUUGUCAUGGGAACAUACAAAACAUCAACUGUAAAUCAGGACAGUGGAUUGAAAAAAGCUCAAGUUGGAGAUAGUGUAACGUUGCAUUGCUCAUGUGCGGAUGACAAAAUGACUUUCUUCUCUUGGUACCAACAGAAGCUGGGGGAAAAACCUGAACUCAUAUCCAAGUGGGUAAAGGGCACCAAAUAUGCAAUGGUAGAGCAAGUGUUCCAGCAAAGAUUUAGCAUUUUCCGAACAGAGCACAAAAAAGAAACCAACAACCUUAAUAUUACCGAUGUUCAGACAGGUGACUCGGCUAGCUACUUCUGCGUAGUUGAAGUAAGCACCGCGAUCGAAUUUGGUGAAGGGGUCUUUGUACAUGUUCAAUCCAGCAAUUCCAACAUAAAAUCCGUAGUCCAGGAGCAAGCAGAGAAGAAACUUUGGCAUGGAGAACCAUUGGAAUUAAGUUGCAUGGUGGAAAGUGAUUCUUUUUCGGGAAAGCGGAGGUUUUUCUGGUUAAAGCACAGACCAUCACAACCAGCGAUCAUCUAUCCUGCAAAUGAAGACUGUGAAACAUCCAGGAAGAACUGUACGGUUAAACUGGACAUAGAAACGGUAGAACCAGCACAUGCAGGGACGUAUUACUGCGUUCUUUCUUUGUGUGGAGAGCUGCUGUUUGGGAAUGGGACAUCUGUAGUAAUAAAAGAAAGAGAACAGCUUCUGUGGCACGGCAAGAAGGUCUAG